ACAAUGCCUGCAGACUACAAUGGAACAUGGGAAAUGGAAUCCAAUGAAAACUUUGAAGGUUACAUGGUUGCACUAGGCAUUGACUUUGCUACCCGCAAGAUUGCAAACCACCUGAAACAAACAAAAGAAAUUAUUCAAGAGGGUAACCAUUUCAAGACAAAAACAGUGAGCACUUUCAGAAACUAUGAACUGAAUUACACCAUAGGAGAGGAAUUUGAAGAGCACACCAAGGGACUUGAUAACCGAGUGGUGAAGACACUAGUGACCUGGGAUGGAGAUAAACUAAUCUGUGUCCAGAAAGGUGAAAAGAAGAACAGAGGAUGGAAACACUGGAUUGAAGGAGACAGACUGCAUUUGGAGCUGACAUGUGAAGACCAGGUGUGCCAUCAAGUCUUUAAGAAAAAAUAAAUUGAGCAGCCACAUCAUGUAUAAUUACUGUCACGUUUGCUGUGGUAAAUAAAUAAACAAACAAACA